AUGUCUGCUAUGACGGGUCCGAGAUCACCUACUUCGCCGUGGCCUCAGGAGCCACCAAACCUACAAAUCACAGGUCACCCUACCUCAGCAGCAAUUUUUUCGUUGUGUGACUCUCACCAGUCUCCGCUCAACUCCAACCUUAGUCCUCGCAAUACAGUCCCAGAACGUUCGGGUCCUAAUUAUUUCUCUAUCAGCGUGGAGAGUUCCACCAGUCCUAGAAAGACUGGUGAUACGCUCUCUUAUGCCCAGUCUUCAAUUCCUAGCCCAAAACCACACUUAUUACCUACGAAGACUGUGCUCGAUGAGUAUGCGAAUCACACAGAAGCUGGCUCAACCGUUCACGAACGUAGGGCGUCUGCGAUCUACAGACGUUCUUUAAGUCGUGUCUUGCCGAAAAAGGAUUUUAUUUCUGACCAACCUGAUACCUCUACGAAUACUACGUCUGGAAAUGGACGUGCCGUUGCAGUUGAACGCUGUGCUGAGUUACUUGAAUCCUCACCCAAUGAUGUCAUGCUGUUAGAUGUGCGGCCAUAUGCGCAUUUUGCGAAAGGGAGCAUCAAGGGAUCGUUGAAUCUUUGCAUACCGACGACUUUAUUGAAGCGUCCUUCGUUUGAUACACAAAAGUUGGCAAAUACUUUCACAAAUCACGUGGACAGGAUGAGCUUUGCGAGGUGGAAACAUUGUCGUUAUAUUAUCGUCUAUGAUGCAGGGACUUCUGACAUGAAGGAUGCAGGGCCUUUAGCCAAUGUGCUGAAAAAGUUCACGGCCGAAGGAUGGGAUGGGGAUGGGCUAAUCCUUAGGGGUGGGUUCGACUCAUUUUCAAACCGAUUUCCUUCUCUCUUGCAACAGCAACGUUCGCCUGCAAAACUGUUAAAAAAACCAACUUCAAUGCACAUAGACCUACCAUCUGUUGCCCCGAUUGCUGGGGGUUGUGCUUUGCCUGAUUCCUCACGUCCUACGAUCCCCUUUUUUGGGAACAUCCGGCAGCACAUGGAUCUUCUUGGUGGUGUCGGUCAAAUUCCUCUCCAGUUGCCCGAGAACCUGACAGAAUCGUUGAGGCAGUCACUACCACCUUGGCUGCGGGAGGCGACAGAUCCAGCAGACCAAGGCCGUAGCGUUUCACAGAAAUUUCUAGAACUCGAGAAGAAAGAAUUAGAACGCAUGAAACAGGCACUGACUUAUGACAAGUCUUCCGAUACUUCAGCAGCCAAUACUUUCCCGGAGAAAUUCCGUGUCGCAGGUAUCGAGAAAGGCACAAAAAACAGAUACAACGACAUUUAUCCUUUUGAUCACUCUCGGGUGAAGCUGCAGGAUGUGCCGCCUGGGGGGUGUGAUUACGUAAAUGCAAACUUCAUGAAAGCAGAGUAUGGCAAUAAGUGCUACAUAGCUACUCAAGCCCCUGUCCCUGAUACAUUUACUGAUUUCUGGCGUGUAAUUUGGGAACAAGAUGUCAGGCUCGUCGUUACGUUGACUGCAGAGUUCGAAAGAGGCCAGAUUAAAUGUCACCCAUAUUGGGAGUCUGGAAAAUACGGGCCUCUUCAGGUCAACAACUUCUCCCAGAAACACCUCGAUAUAGAUUCUCCACACUCGCAGCAAGCCGGUCCUUCAUUAAAAACAAGCGAGGAUUUCGGUAAACCUUAUAUCAUAGUUCGGCAUUUUGGGUUGUCGCAUUCGGCUUUUCCAUUUCAGCCCCUACGUGAAGUGACGCAGUUGCAAUAUCCAUGCUGGCCAGAUUUUGGCACCACCUCACAACCUGCCCAUCUACUUAAGCUGAUUGAACAGUGUGAUAAAGUCAGAGAUGCAUCUCCUAGCCGUGACGUAGGGGCAGCUGAGCGGAGGCCAGUGUUGGUCCACUGCAGUGCGGGGUGUGGCCGUACGGGGACCUUCUGUACUGUUGAUAGUGUGCUGGACAUGCUAAAGCGAAGGCCCGCAGAAGAUACAGCACACUCACGGAGCUCACAAAUGAUUGAUCAUUUCUACCACGACUCCUACGAUGGAAAACUGGAUCUCAUUGCCAAAACUGUAGCUGAGUUUCGCACACAAAGACCUAGCAUGGUCCAGAACUUGAGUCAGUUCGUCCUGUGCUACGAGAGCGUUUUGGAGUGGUUCGUUUCUCGGAUGGAAAAUAAACGCUUGGGAUAG